UCUAUAGCUGGCAUGUGACAGGUGACACAUAGAUGAAUGUGAUUCUCUUACAGUCAGCACCAUGUGGAUGACUCCAGGGAAGAACCAAAGCUGGGUUUCUGAGUUUAUCCUGCUUGGCUUCUCCAGUGACCCCACAACCAACAGCAUCCUCUUCACUGUGUUCCUUCUCAUCUACCUGAGCUCAGUCAUGGGCAAUGGGCUCAUCAUCAUGCUGAUCUGCAUGGACACACAGCUGCACACGCCCAUGUACUUCUUCCUCUGCAUCCUCUCCCUGUUAGAUAUGUGCUAUGUCACCACCACCAUGCCCCAGAUGUUGGUGCAUCUUCUUGCUAAAUCCCAGACUAUCUCCUUUGCUGGCUGCUGGCUGCAGAUGUAUGUGUUUGGUGCCCUGGGUAUAACUGAGUGUAUCUUCUUUGUUGUCAUGGCUUAUGACAGAUAUGUGGCCAUUUGCCACCCACUUCGUUAUACUGUCAUCCUCAACUGGGGAUUAUGUAUAAUGUUGGCAGCUGGGACUUGGUUCUGUGGUUUCUUUUUCUCUUUGUUACAUACUUUCUUUACCAUGAGUCUGCCAUAUUGUGGGCCUAACAGGGUUAACCACUACUUUUGUGAAGGACCUUCAGUGCGUAGCCUGGCUUGCAUGGAUACCCACAUCAUUGAGAUGGUAGACCUGGUCAUGAGUGUUUUUGUGGUUGUUACUCCCAUUUGUCUGAUUGUGGCCUCCUACAUUCAUAUUGUCAAGGCAAUUCUCAAGAUCAAGUCCACCCAAGCCCGCUGUAAGGCUUUUUCUACCUGUGCCUCCCACCUGACUGUGGUCACAUUCUUUUAUGGUCCAGCCACUUACAUCUACAUGAGGCCCAACUCCAGCUACUCCCCUGAGAGAGACAAGCAGAUCUCACUAUUUUACAAUGCCUUUACUGCCUUGCUCAACCCCGUGGUCUAUAGUCUUCGGAAUAAAGACAUCAAAAGGGCAUUUCUCAAGGUGACGGGACAUAGUAGGGUUGACUAGUGAACCAGUAUCCAGUAGAAGCUGGAGUUGGGUGUCCAUUGUUUAAGAAAUGGGCAGUGUCUAUAACUGACCUGUGUGUUUGAACCAACAUAGUAAUUAGUAAUCAGGACAAACCACUGUGAAACCAUCGUACCUGUUUUGAUUGACAGACUACACUAAGGUAUAAUUCAAAACACCUGUGUAAUUUCAGUGUAUAAUGCCUGCAGGGAUAUAUUCUUUUUAAACAUUUUUAAUUGAUUCUUUGGGAAUUUCACUUCAUGCACCCCAAUCCCAUGCAUUUUCCAGUACCUCCAUAUGUGCCCUCCA